GAGUGCUCGGGCUGGGCCCGCCCCGCCGGGAGCUGCUGGAGGCGGGGCGGGAGCCCCCGUGUCCCGCGGCUGAAAUAGGGGGAGGGCCCGGCCCGCUCCCAGUCCAGGUGGCCGCUGCCCGCCGAGCUCCCCGCCGUGCUGAGCUGCGCCGCCUGCGAGGCUCUGGUGCCAUCCUGAAUCAUGGAGUGACUCAAGCUGUCCACAAGGUAGCCGUGUCAUCUCUACUUUGCUGUAAAACAACAUCCAGGCUUAGUCUUUUCACAGGGUUUGAAGAGCUCUGUACAUACUUGCCAGCUGCGCAGUGCUCCCCUGUGGCAUCUCACUUUCAGCUUUCAGCUUAACUGAAAUCUGCAAAAAUUCUCUGCUGUAAGAAAACAGGGGUGAUGUCAUCAGAAGAUGAGGCUGGCGGGGAGGCUCCUGGUGGCAGUUUCUGGGAGGCUGGAAACUACAGGCGGACAGUGAAGCGUGUGGAUGAUGGGUACCGGCUCUGCAAUGACUUAAUCUCCUGCUUCCAGGAGCGAGCCAAGAUAGAGAAGAACUAUGCUCAGCAGCUAACAGAGUGGUCCCGUAAGUGGAGGACCAAUGUGGAGAAAGGUCCGCAGUACGGUACUCUGGAGAAGGCCUGGCAUGCCUUCCUGACAGCUGCCGACAAACUGAGUGAAAUUCACUUAGCUGUCCGGAACCACCUGGCUGGUGAAGACUCAGAUAAGAUCAAGGCCUGGCAGAAGGAGGCCUACCACAAGCAGAUGAUUGGAGGCUUCAAGGAGACAAAGGAGGCAGAGGAUGGGUUCCGCAAGGCCCAGAAACCCUGGGUGAAGAAAAUGAAAGACGUGGAGACUUCUAAGAAAAACUACCAUGCAGCCCGGAAGGAGGAGAAAACAGCCCUUACAAGGGAGAUGCAUGCCAAGGCAGACUCAUCUGUCUCACAGGAACAACUGCGCAAGUUGCAGGAGCGUGUAGAGAAGUGCACUCAGGAGGCUGAGAAGUGCAAGGAUCAAUAUGAGAAGAUGCUGGAAGAGCUGAACCGUUACAAUCCCCGCUAUAUGGAGGACAUGGAGCAAGUGUUUGAGGGCUGUCAGGAAGCAGAGCGCAAGCGAUUGUGCUUCUUUAAGGAGAUGUUACUGAAUCUGCACCAGCAUCUCAACCUCUCCACCAAUGAAAGCUUUCAUGCGUUGUAUCAAGACCUCUACCAAGUCAUCAUGGCUGCAGACAACCAGGAGGACCUGAAGUGGUGGCGCAACACUCAUGGACCAGGCAUGGCAAUGAAUUGGCCUCAGUUUCAGGAAUGGUCCCUUGAAACUCAGCGGCCAAUCACCAAGAAGGAGAAGGGCGGCAAGACGGCUGACGAUGUCACGCUGACCAGCAUUUUGCCUGCACGGGAUGGUGUUGUCUCACAGAGCCCUCUGCAGACAAAGCGGAGGUUUUCCUACCAAGAGGAGCAGAACAGCCUCUUCUAUGAGAGCCUGAGGGCACCCACCCAUGUGAAUGGAGGGAAGGAAGAAAUUUCAGAGUGGUCAGAUGAGGACACUCCCAAGAAGUGCCUGGAUGCCAAUGGGCAUGAGGAGGACAUAAAGGUACCAGGUGUACGGGUACGAGCACUGUAUGAUUACACAGGACAGGAGGCUGAUGAGCUGAGCUUUAAAGCAGGUGAAGAACUAAUGAAGAUUAGUGAAGAAGAUGAGCAGGGCUGGUGCAAGGGCCGACUUCUCAACGGCCAAGUUGGACUCUAUCCUGCUAACUAUGUUGAGAAGGUUGGAUCAUGAUUGUUACUGCCCUGCUAGCGUCUCACAGCCAUACCAGCAUCUCCUGCAGAGGUCACUGGGUCACUGUUGGCCCCAGUCCACCUCUGCAGUGUAUCCAGCAACUUCUGGACUUCGAGGGCACGUAUUCCAUGUAACUAAUGCUUCAUUUUAAAUGCCAAACUUGUAGGGAUUUUCUAAUAAAUAAACAAGGCUGAAUAAAGA